AAUAAAUAUAAAAGUUAUUGUUCUGAAACUUUUUGUUUAUUCUAACCUCACUUAUAAGAUAACAUAACCUCAAAUGUAUGAAAGUCACCCGCUAUAUUUCAAAAUUAUUUUUAAUUAAUUCAAUAGUAAUUCUUAUUCUCAAAAAAAUAUGGAAGAAGAAUUCAGGAGUUUCCAGUAUUUUAAGUAUUAUAAAGAGCAUUUCUCGUGUGGUAUUAGACCUGAUGGCAGAAAAUUCGACAAGUAUCGUCCAGUUGUUUUGAAUGUUGGCUCAAUAGAAACAGCUGAUGGAUCAGCUCUCGCUAAAGUUGGAGACACUAUAAUAAUGUGUGGUAUCAAGGCAGAACUUUGUACACCUAAACCCGAAAAUAACAAAGAAGGCUUUUUAAUUCCAAAUAUUGAAUUGUCACCACUUUGCUCCCCUAAAUUCAAACCUGGUCCACCAAGCGAAGAAGCACAGAUUGCUACACAACUAAUUGCAGAUAUAGUGAGAAGUUCACAGUGUUUAAAUUUGGAAGAACUCUGUAUAUUUCCUGAAAAGCUAGCAUGGUGUUUAUUCGCUGAUUUAGAAUGCAUUAGUUACGAUGGUGCUUUAGUUGAUGCUUGUUUAUUAGCCUUAACAACAGCUUUAAAGACUGUUCGGUUACCAACAGUAGAUUAUGACCCUGCAACAAACAAUAAGAUAGUUAAGGAAGAAGAAAAAAAAAAUUUAAACAUUCAGAGUAUCCCUAUUUGUUCAACAUUUUCUGUUUUUGAAGAAAAGUUGAUUCUAUGGGACCCCACAUCUGAAGAAGAAUCUAUUUGCUCUUCAAUAAUCAAUAUUGUGGUUAAAGAUGAACGAUUAUCCUCUGUUCAUAAACCAGGAGGAUCCCCGAUUUCUGAUGAUGAUCUGCUGGAUUGUAUAGAGAAAAGCAAAGAAAGAGCAGGACACAUUCAUAAAUUAAUUGAAGAAGCUUUGAAACUAUUUAAGCAUUGAUUUUCUUAAAAUAAAAAUUGUGUUUGGAAA